GUUUGUUGACAUAAGAGUGGAACUAAGAUACAACACUGAUAAGGAAGGUGGUCCACCACAGACACCAGCUCAGAUUUCAGUCUGACAUAGAUGCUCUCCUUCUACACAGCAUACUUCAGCCUUGGUCACAGUUGAAGCUCAGCUAUGGACUCAAUAUUUCUGACAUCUUCUGUGAGUGAUGGCAUCCUCUCUCUCAGUCUUUCAGUAAUUCUUUUCUUCUCCAGAACAUUCUGUCCUCUCAUUCCACCACCCCCGUUUUCAUUCCAUCUUGCAUUGUAGAAAUUCCUCAGGGUAAAAGUCAAGGUUAUCUCAUCAACUGUUGUCUUCUUUUUGCCGCUGUCUCUUCUCCUUUCCAUCCGUGUGAUGGAUCUGCAACGGAAUGUCAUCUUGGGCUAUCUCUUCAUCUCUCUCUCUGUCUGUCUCUCUUCAUGUCGCUCUCUCUCUAUGUCCAUGUCUUGGUCUUUCCAGGACAUGUCCUGGGGUUCCCUGGGGACCGUGAGGUCCUACUCAAACUUCCACGCUGACAGGGACGCGCUGGAGAUCCAAACAGCUCUUGAGCAGAAAGAUGCCAACAACCUGGUCAGAAUCUUGACCAACCGGAGCUACGUCCAGAGGAAGCAGAUCUUGGAAGUUUACCAGUCCAUCACUGAGAAGGUAUCUGACCUGGUUGCUGGGGUGAAGAAGGCUGUGUCUGGAGACCUGGCCACUCUGCUGCUGGGCCUCAUGAUGACCCCCCUGCACUUCCAGGCUCACCGCUUACGCAUGGCAAUGGAGGGCUUGGGAACAGAUGAGGAAACUUUGCUGGAAAUCCUGUGCACCACAUCCAGUCAGCAGCUCAAAGACAUCUCUGCUGCUUACAACACUAUAUUCCAGAAGGAUCUGGAGAAGGAUCUGAAGGGAGAGAGUAGUGGUGACUUUACCAAGCUGCUCAUGGCUCUGCUCAGGAGAGAGGAAGGUGUUGGUGGACUACAAACAGACACAGAGGCUCUCUCUCAAGCUCUCGAUGCUAAGAAGGCAGACCCCUGGAUUGCCAUAUUGACUACUAGAAACCCAGAUCACCUCAAUAAAGUGUUGAACAGGCUGGAAAGUGAGAGGGAACAAAUGGUGGAUGAAGCUCUUCAGAAACGGUUCAGUGGUGACCUGAAACUGGGCCUGCGAACAUUAGUGUGCUGCAUAAGGAAUCCUCAUGUGUACCUAGCCCAAAGACUGGAGAAUAUGGAGACUGCCGUAGUUCAGGGUGUGAUGGUGGCUCGCUGUGAGGAGGAUCUGCUGUGUGUGAGAGCAGCCUUCCUCAGGAAGACCGGCACCUCGCUCUACACCGCCCUGCAGAAAGCAUUCACAGGGGAUCACCUGCAGGCUCUGCUGGCUAUCUGUCGAUCUGAGGACUAACGUUCCUUCAUCAUUUUUAGUUCCUUUAAUUUUUGGAGUUUACUGUGCUGUCUCAGUCUUUGAUAAUGGCAUACACAAAACAAGAAAAUAAACAUGAUCAUCCUUCUCA